AUGGAUAUGGCUUCUGAAAAGGGGGAGGCUAAGGAGGCCUCGGCCGGGGAAGCUGCCCAUCCGUCCCCACCUCGGUCAUCAACUUCGUCCGGAACUCGUAAUGCGGAGGAUCUACGGGAAGAGGCUCGCCGCAGUAACCCCAAUGGAUCCACUCGCGCCACGGGCGUCUCGAUCGAGCGCGCCGAGGCCGACUUCGCUGAGCUGCAGCGAGAGCUGUCUAACAUGUCCCGCGCGAGCCGCAGCCGCAGCCAUGGGGAGCGGGAGCAGGAGAAGGGCCAGCUUGAAAACGGCCAGCCAGAGUCCGAGGAGAGCUUCGAGCAGUUUGACCUGGAAGCUGUCCUACGAGGUGACCUUCAGGCGGAGAGGGAAGCCGGUAUUCGACCCAAGCACAUCGGUGUCUACUGGGACUCUUUGACGGUCAAGGGCAUAGGCGGCCAGACAAACCAUGUCAAAACCUUUCCUGACGCCUUUAUCGACUUUUUCGAUGUCAUCACUCCCGUCAGAAAUCUCCUUGGAUUCGGCAAGAAAGGGGUUGAAGCUACGCUCCUGAAUGGCUUCAGGGGCGUCUGCAAGCCAGGUGAGAUGAUUCUUGUACUAGGCAAGCCUGGAUCUGGCUGCACGACCUUCCUCAAGACUAUCGCGAACCAGCGACACGGUUACACUGCCGUCGAGGGAGAGGUCCUUUACGGUCCUUUCACUGCCAAGGAGUUCAAACGAUACCGCGGCGAGGCCGUCUACAACGAGGAAGACGAUGUUCACCACCCAACCCUCACCGUCGAACAAACCCUCGGAUUCGCCCUCGACGUCAAGAUCCCAGGCAAGCUUCCAGCGGGAAUCACCAAGCAGCAGUUCAAAGAAAAAGUCAUUACUACGCUGUUGAAAAUGUUCAACAUUGAGCACACGCGCAAGACCAUCGUCGGUAACUCUUUCGUUCGGGGUGUCUCCGGUGGCGAGAGGAAGCGGGUCUCCAUCGCCGAGAUGCUAAUCACCAAUGCUUGUAUUCUUUCCUGGGACAACAGCACCCGUGGGCUUGACGCAUCGACUGCCCUUGACUUCUUGAAGUCUCUCCGUGUUCAGACUGACCUCUACAAGACGAGCACCUUCGUCUCUCUUUACCAGGCUUCCGAGAACAUUUACAAGCUGUUUGACAAGGUUUUGGUCAUUGAUGAGGGCAGAGAGGUAUACUUUGGCCCAGCUUCCGAGGCCAGGGCCUACUUUGAGGGCCUCGGUUUCCUUCCUAGGCCACGUCAGACCACUCCUGAUUACGUUACUGGCUGCACCGACGCCUUUGAGCGCGAGUAUCAGGACGGGAGAUCCGCCGAGAACGCACCAUACAGCCCAGCCACGUUGGAAGCUGCGUUCAAGGAGUCAAAAUUUGCCAGGGACCUGGACGAAGAAAUGGCCCGGUAUAAAGCAGCACUCGAACAAGAGAAGGAUAAGUACGAGGACUUCCGCAUCGCCGUUCGUGAGCAGAAGCGCGGCAGCUCCAAGAGAUCCGAAUACUCUGUUGGGUUCCAUCAGCAGGUGUGGGCUUUGAUGAAGCGUCAACUUCUUCUGAAGAUGCAGGAUGUCCUCGCUCUUGUCCUCUCGUGGUUGAGGAAUAUUAUCAUCGCCAUCGUCUUGGGUACUCUGUACCUGAACCUUCCCCAAACCUCGGCCAGCGCGUUCAGCAAAGGCGGCCUGCUCUUCAUCUCGCUUCUCCACAACAUCUUCCAAGCAUUUUCCGAACUAGCCGGGACCAUGACCGGCCGUGCAGUCGUUAACAAGCACAGGGCUUAUGCGUUUCAUCGACCUUCGGCGCUCUGGAUUGCCCAGAUCUUCGUCGACCAGAUCUUCUCCGCCGCCCAGGUGCUUGUCUUCUCACUUAUCGUCUACUUCAUGACCAACUUGGCUCGCGAUGCCGGCGCCUUCUUCACCUUUUACCUGUUGCUGCUCUCAGCCAAUAUCACCAUGACCCUGUUCUUCCGCAUCCUAGGAUGUAUCAGCCCCGACUUUGACUAUGCUAUAAAGUUUGCCACUGUCAGCAUUACGUUGAUGAUUACGACUGCUGGUUAUCUCAUCCAAUACCAGUCUGAGCAGGUUUGGCUGCGAUGGAUUUACUACAUCAACGUCGCUGGCUUGUCUUUCAGCGCCUUGAUGGAAAACGAAUUUUCUAGAUCUACUAUGACAUGCACGGCCGAAUCUCUUAUCCCUUCAGGUCCCGGGUACACCGAUAUUCAGCAUCAGGUUUGCACCCUUCCGGGAUCGACGCCGGGUACCCUCCAAAUCUCUGGCACCGAGUACAUCGACAAGGGUUUCUCGUAUAGCCCGGGUCUCCUUUGGCGCAACUGGGGUAUCGUCGUCGCUUUGAUCGCCUUCUUCCUGAUCAUGAACGUGGUUGCUGGUGAAGUUGUCCGCUUCGGCAUGGGCGGCAAUACUGCCAAGGUGUUCCAGAAGCCAAACGAGGAGCGGAAGAAGCUGAAUGAGGCACUUAUCCAGAAGAGGGAAGAAAAGCGCAAAGCUCGUUCUGAGGAGUCAGACUCGGACCUGAACAUCGCUUCGGAGAGCAUCCUCACCUGGGAGAACCUCUGUUAUGACGUCCCAGUCCCCGGCGGCACUCGGCGUCUGCUCGACCAUGUCUUCGGUUAUGUGAAACCUGGCCAACUGACCGCAUUGAUGGGUGCAUCCGGGGCGGGAAAGACGACCCUCCUGGACGUGCUCGCCGCUCGGAAGAAUAUUGGCGUGAUCACGGGCGAUGUCUUGGUUGACGGUGUGAAACCAGGCAAGGAAUUCCAGCGAGGCACGUCCUACGCGGAGCAGCUCGAUGUCCACGAACCAACUCAGACCAUCCGAGAGGCCCUCCGGUUCUCAGCCGACCUACGCCAGCCAUUUGAGACACCGCAAGAGGAGAAGUACCGCUAUGUCGAGGAGAUCAUCGCCCUACUGGAAAUGGAGACGUUUGCGGACGCCGUGAUCGGCUCACCCGAGGCCGGCCUGAGUGUGGAGCAGCGAAAGCGCGUCACCAUCGGCGUCGAGCUGGCCGCCAAGCCAGAGCUUCUUCUCUUCCUCGAUGAGCCGACGUCAGGGCUUGACAGCCAAAGUGCCUUCAACAUCGUCCGCUUUUUGAAGAAGCUCGCUGCCGCUGGUCAAGCCAUUCUCUGCACCAUUCACCAGCCCAACGCUGCCCUCUUCGAGAAUUUUGACCGGUUAUUGUUGCUCAAGUCGGGCGGCCGCUGCGUCUACUUUGGCGACAUUGGCAAGGAUGCCUGCGUUCUGAGAGACUACCUAAAGCGACACGGAGCCGUUGCCAAAGACACGGACAACGUCGCCGAGUUUAUGCUCGAAGCCAUUGGCGCCGGAAGCUCCCCUCGCAUUGGCAACCGCGAUUGGGCCGACAUCUGGGCGGACAGUCCGGAGCUUGCCAACGUCAAGGACACCAUCUCGCAGAUGAAGGAAACGCGCAAGGCCGCCGGGGCGCAGAGAAACCGCGAGCUCGAGAAAGAGUACGCAUCCCCGUUUUGGCACCAGCUCAAGGUUGUCGUGCACAGGGCAAACCUUUCUCACUGGCGGACGCCCAACUAUCUCUUCACGAGACUGUUCAACCACUUUGUCAUUGCACUGUUGACCGGUCUUACCUUCUUGAACCUGGACGAGUCGCGCCAGUCGCUCCAGUACAGAGUUUUCGUCAUGUUCCAGGUUACGGUUCUGCCUGCUCUGAUCAUCAGCCAGAUCGAAGUCAUGUACCACGUCAAGCGCGCUCUGUUUUUCCGUGAGCAGUCGUCCAAGAUGUACAGCUCCUUCGUCUUCUCAACAUCGCUGCUCGUCGCCGAGAUGCCCUACAGCAUCCUCUGUGCCGUCUUCUUCUUCAUCCCUCUCUAUUACCUUCCAGGCCUGCAGGCCGAGUCGUCCAGGGCGGGAUACCAGUUCUUCAUGGUUCUCAUCACCGAAAUCUUCUCCGUCACGAUGGGCCAGGCCCUCUCCGCCUUGACACCUUCUCUCUUCAUCUCAUCCCAGUUCGACCCCUUCAUCAUGGUCACCUUUGCCCUGUUCUGCGGUGUCACGAUCCCGCCGCCGCAGAUGCCCGCUGGCUACCGCACCUGGCUGUACGAGCUCAAUCCAUUCACCCGUCUCAUCGGUGGCAUGGUGGUGACGGCGCUGCACGAGAUGCCUGUCAGAUGUGCCCCCGAGGAGCUGAAUGUCUUCCGAGCGCCGCCGAACACGACCUGCGGCGAGUACAUGCAGCCCUUCUUUGACCGUGGCGGACCUGGCUACCUCGUCAACAACGCCACGCAGGACUGCCAGUAUUGCGCGUACAAAGUCGGCGACGAGUUCUAUACCCCGCUUGGUUUCAGCUUUGAUAACCGGUGGAGAGACCUGGGCAUCUACAUAGCGUAUAUUGCAAGCAAUUUGAUCAUUUUGUUCGUUGCGAGCCGGUACCUGAAUUACAACAAACGGUGA